GUUGAUCUCGUCACUACUAUUGGUGCCGUGAUCCCUAUCAUCCCUAACAGUAGGAUACCACUGGAUACUCAGUCUUGUGCGCUGACUACCACAGUUUCCGUGGUCACGACCUACGUGAGCCCUAGCUCUGUGAUCUCUUCUUCUUCCACUGGUGGACAUACUCUCACCCUCACAAGCUCUACUGAUGAUGAAUCUACUACUUCUAGUCUCACUACCGUGGAUAUCACUGGGUCAUUAUCAUCAUCAAUCGUCAACACUAGAUUGGCAAUCACUCAGGGGCCCACUCCCACAUCGACUCCCAUAAAAACACCAGUAGCCAAUACAACGUGCUCUGUGUUACAAGAAACUGCCGCCAACGCCGAGAUCUUUGAGUGUACUCCAGACACCACAGAGCCGUGUGAUAGAAUCUACUGCUCAGAGAAAAUUGGAGGGAAAAACUACGAUGCGGUGAUAAUACUGCUGGCAUGUGAGGACCCAGCGGCCGUGAGGCUGGAGCUGUCCAGUAGUGACGGGGAGGUGACAGUUAAUGAAACGGUCGAUCAGUCUGAGGAAAUUGAAGUCCCUGGGCUUUUCGGUUUCACAAUGGACGUCACCAUAGACCACUUUCCGGAUGCACUCGGGAUACAGGUGGAUGGAAAAGUAUUCACCGAGGUGUACACUAUCAUCAAAUACACUGUCGUCCCUCUUGAGAGAAGCAAAACCUGCAGGAACUCAGAAAAGACGUCAGAUUCUUCUUCCCAAGCUGUAGCUACUCAUUCACUUCCAUCCACGCUUGUUUCUCUGGUCACCAUUCUGACUGUGGUCACUGCAUCAUUUCUUGUACCAUGUUGAGUCACUG